AUGACACUCGAGAAUGUUAUGCUUGAGGGUACGCUCAUGGAGUACUUUCCUGUUUGCUGCACCACCAACAUGCCUGUCAAGGAUAUCAACCGUUUCCUAGCCGAAGCACAAAGACAAGAUCUUGAUGUUGGGUUCGACAACAACUUGACUCUGGUCCACAGCCUCGAUGUCCAGCUCGUGGGGCCCACCAAAGAACUACGAGGCAACGACGAGACCUUGCAAAGCCCGUUCAAUGGCUGUACAUUCCUCGAAAUUCAUCAGAAGCUGAAGGACAUGGUGGCCGCUACAAACUCGUCACUAAACACUGAAUGGUUUUUGGUGCUUGAUGAAGAAUCAGCGCAGACUUCCACUGCUGUCAUUGUCAGUAUUGAAGACGAUGGAGACGUACAAUCGGUCCGGGCCGAAUAUACAGAAUGUUCGACAUGUAUAUCGGCAGCCAGUGUAUCUCACCCUUCUCUCGAUGAGAUGAUUGAGAUUGCGAAUGAAUAUGGGGAUGGAGUCAUUCGGAUUGAGAAAUGCACACUUGAUAUUCGUUUCUCGACUGUCGAAGUCGAUGGCCGUAAUGAUAGCUUCACAUGGAGGAAGAGGUCGAUGAUUGUGCCUCAACUUAUCCCCAGAAAAGCGACCGCGAAGCUUUCUCGGGAGCCAUCCGAACCAUCUGAGUCGUAA